ACCUUUACAUUUAAUGACAGAUUGUCGCUCUAGACAAUGUAACAUAUUUCAAUAAAUUCAAAACGUAAAUUUAGGAAUAUUAUGAAUAUACACGUUCUCAUUUUACACACAAGCAUAAUAUUAUUUCUAAAAUGUGCGUUUUCGCAAAUUAUAGCAGUAGAAAAUGAUAAAGAGAGUGACGAAGAAAGAAGUGAUGCUUCAGAAGAAUCAGAGUCCCUUCACGAAAGCUAUAGACCGCAUCACAUGAAGCAUUCAAAAAUUAUGAACGUCAAAGGGCACAAUAUCAAACGUAGGGAAUAUGCAGAGACUGUUCAAAAAAACUGUGCUAUAAUGUAUAAAAACGGAGAUCCUGUUGGGAUAUUACAACCUUACGAGGACAGUUACAAACUUUUACCCAUCGAUGCAGAAGAAGAACUAGCCGUAGAUAUAAACCCCAUAAUGUCAAAACGACAAGCCUUUGAUGCUGAAGUUUCCAAUUUUGAAGAAGACACCAAAGCAAAAGCGUCCAACGACAGAUACCCUUAUAUCUUCGCCAAGUUUAAAGUCGAUAGCAAGAUGGACAAGGCCCAAGAAAGCCGGCCCAGGCGUGACUUGAAACCUGUUAAUUUGAUGAACGAGAAGCACCUGAAUUCCUUAAACAGUGCUCUAUCGAAAAUCGAAGAAAAUAGUCAGCUGUCAGCAGAAGACGACUUGCAAAACAUACUGAACGAAAUGGGACUUAUUGACGAUGAGAAUCGCUUGGAUAAACGUGAGCUUGAAGAAGAAAAAGAUGGAGCUGUGGAAAGUGCAAACGAGGCAGAAGAAAAUAAAGGAAUUGAUAAAGAAGCAGUCUCAAACACACACAACAAAGUGGUCACAUCCGGAAUCGUGGACAGUUCAAAAGUCGAUGAAGAAGAACCCUCUAUGGAACUUGCAGGUGACGAAAGAGAAAAAAGAGAUGAAGUCUCUGAAGAAAUGAAAAAGAGACUUCAGGAAAACCUCAGCAAACUGAAAGAAGAAGUCAGAACUGAAAUUGAAAAUCUUAAAACUAAUAUAGAAGAAUCAGAAGAAGUGAAUGAGGAGAAUGAAGAUGAAGAAGAAAAAAAUCAGAGACGCAAAAGAAACAUAAUGGCAACGUUGGUGGAUGAAGAAACCAGUGAUAUUGAUCCUCUAAUGGCUUCAGAUGAUAGUUUAAUACCACACAUUCGACGAAGACGCCAUAUUCAUAACGGAUUGACGAAUAUUGCAAAACCUGAUGAUGUAGCAGAAACAUCUAAUAAAGAAGUUUUCUUAACAAGAAGCCUUAAAGAAUACGACAAUAAUGAAGAGAACGAAGACCAAAAUGACAUAGAUGAUGAAUCCUUGGAGGAGAAAAGGAACGCAGAGUACUGUCAGUGUAGCAAGGGUGAUAAAAACUGCAAGUGUGCAGACCCCAACCAAGAUUUUAAACGUAAAGAAAAACCCAGAUUCGAAGAUGGAGAAUAUUAUUUGGAUACUCGACCGGACGCUUACGUAGUGAUUGAAGAACGACCGGAAGGAGACUUAGAAAAAAGAAAGAAAAGAAACACUUUUGAUGAUUUGGUAGCCAUUCACGGAGGUGGUCCUGUAGUAAAUCAUCUUCUAGCUGUUAGAAAAAGGAGUAUGUUUCCAAGAGAAAGGUUUAAAAGAGCGGCUGAUAAUCGUUAUCAAUCUAAUAAACAGCUGAAGUUAUCUAAUAUGCUAGAUGAAGAUUUAUUUGGAGCUCUUCCUCAGGGAUAUGAAGGAGAACUAGCUAGAUAUAAAAGAAUAAAAAGGGUGUCUUGAGUUUUCUGUCCAUGGUAUGUGAUAUAAAGGAAGAUAUGUUAAUAAGUGUAAAAUUGGUAAAGAAGUAAAAGAAAUUUAUAAUAAUAUGAUAUGAUCUAUAUAAUAAUAGUUUACAAGAAGGUUUAUAAUUUAUACACUGUUACAGAUUACACAGAAACACACCAUUACCAAAAUAAACUCUAUCUUUCGUAAUAUAUAUUUCUUGAUUUUA